AGCAUUGCAUUAGCUCAUCAAUCGCAGUUCAGUAUUCAGCGAGAAUUGUUGCAAUGAAGCUUUUACUUGUUCUCUGCGUGGUGGCUACAAUCAUGAUGGUCCAGUGUUACGCUGGGGAACCUAAAGGGCCGGUUAGGCAGAAGCGCUCACCCGAACCACUUAGUAGAGAUGGAGCUCCUGGUGAGCCUGGUAAAAAUGGCGGUGGAGGAGGAGGUGGAGGUGGAGGUGGUGGAGAUAAUGGAGGUGGUAGUGGAGGCAAUGGUGGCGGUGGUGGUAAUGGUGGUGGUGGAGGCAAUGGUGGCGGUGGUGGUAAUGGUGGCGGUGGUGGCAAUGGUGGAGGCAAUGGAGGUGAUGGUGGUGGUGAUGGCGGCAAAGGGGGCAAAGGUGGCGACGAUGGUGCUCCCGGAGCGCCUGGUGCUCCAGGUCAUUAAUUUUGUUAAGGAAAAUAAAGUUUUGUUUUGUUUAUAAGUCAGUA